AUGGGGUCGACAGGGUACUGGCAGGGGCAUGAUGGAGCAGGCAAAGCGCAGCAGGAUGAGGCCCAUGAAAAGAGGGUGGGAACCUGCGGGAUCCAGGCCAGCCUGUGCCCCUGGAGAUUAGUGCAGAAGUUUGUGGCACUGCAGGACACGCAGCACAACCUCCUGGUCUUUGGCUCCAUCCUGAACAAGCACUGGAUCCUCAGUGCCGCAUACAGCCUGCAGAGCAGACAGCAGGUGCUGGCCAUGGUUGGACUGAGCACCAUGAAGAGGCAAUGGGAGGACCAGCCCCAGUAUUCAAUCAGCUCUGUCAUCCCCCUCAAGGUCUUUGAUGAGGUGACACUCUACAACAACAUUGGUCUGCUCAGGACAGCUGCCCCACUGGAGUUCAGCAGUGUCUUUCAGCCCAUCUGCUUCCCCCACGGGAGCCUCUCUGCCUUGGACCUCAUGAACUGCUGGGGUGAUGCUGGCAACCCUGUCAUGUGCCAGAUUAGUGGGCCUGAGAAAUGGGUCCUGAAAGGCGUUCUCAGUGAGGGUGGCAUGAGAUGCUACGGACCAUUCCUGUACACCCCAGUGUCCUACUACAGCGACUGGAUCUUGGCCACCUCCGAGAGGACAGGACCUCCUGCAUUCCCCACACUAGUCAGGGCACAAGCUGAUCCACAGGCUCCACCCGAAGACUAG